AUGCAACUGGGACUAGUUGUCUCUGGCUCCGUUCAUCUAGUCAGUUCUGCCUGUACCGGUUUUUUGCAUUUUCUUUUAUCUUUCCUUUGCUUUGCUCAUCUUUCCAUAGUGUCAACAUUUAUGUCUGCAAGUGUGCAUUACAUGCAUCCAGGAGCCGUGGUCGCAUGGCCACAGAGUUUUGGACAUGCUCUCUAUGGCCCACGGAGAUACGAUGAGGCGAGGCAUUCUUUCCUCAUGGUUAAUGCAUUUGGCGACAGCUUGUCGGCCGAUCGUCUUCGUCGAGUGCAAACUGACAUGUUUCUGGUGGGAGAGCCAGAGAGUUUAAGCGCACUGACAUGGCCUGGUCCCUUCCGGGGAAGCAACAGUAGAGUGGCAGCCUUUUUGUGGUGGAUGCUGGGCCUUGAUUGUGGUCGAGAGGCGGGCUUGGGAGUGGUAAUGGUGAGGGGCGAGUUGGGAGAGAGAGAGAGAGAGAGGCAAAUAUGGUGGCGCAGAGCCGGUUGGCAAAGGCGAUAG